AUGCCUAGAAAGUUUUUCCUGAGGUUAAACCACCCUGAUCUAGAAUCUGGGUACAAAACCCCAUUCGGCCACGAAGCUCACCGCCACCUAGUAGAAAAACACCCCUGCUCCAACCGUUCCAACCGGGCAUGCCAGUGCCAACCUGGAUGGUACUGUAAGGAGCCGUCGACGGGCACCUGUAUUACCUGUAUUCCGCUGACCACUUGCAAGCCGGGCUCUGGGGUCAAGACCAAAGGCACCUCUGACACAGAUACCGUCUGUGAAGAAUGCCCUCCGGGUACUGUCUCUGAUGAAGAUUCCAGCACCCAAAUCUGCAAGCCUCGCGCUGACUAUGCCAAGUUAAACAAGGUCCCUCUGGGCACAGGUGCAACUACACAGGACAAAUGCUGCCUGGGCCACUUGCCAGGGCAGUCAAUGCCGCCGGUGGGCACGGCUGCUGUUCUCCCGGAUCCCUCGCCGGCCAGCAUCCUCAGCACAACCCUUGGCGAAGGCAGAGGGGAGACGGAUUUCGCCCUCUUGGUUUCUGUCCUCCUCUCCGUGUUGGUCCUGUUUGCCGGCUUGCUGAUGUUUUGGCGGAGGAGAUUUUGCAAGGCGUGGAUCGUCCCCCAUGCAGCGAAGAGCGAGCUGACCUUCUUUCGCAGGAAAUCUAUGCUCAAUCUUCAAGCCUCAAAUCCGGCGAAGGUUUGCGAAGAGAGGAUCAAUGGGCCGGACUCUGGAGGGCAUGGAUCAGGAGAGGAGGACCAGCCGAAUCCCGAACCCCUCGCAGAAGCCGCUGAUGACGUCUCCGUCUUGGAAAUGGAAAACACUCCUGUCCUUGGUCCCGAUGAUGCCGAGCUGCUUCAGGUGGAUGGAGGGGCAUUUGUGGAGCCCCCCCUGCAGAACCACAUGAGUAACCACAUCGAAAAAAUAUACAUCAUGAGAGCUGACACGGUGAUCGUGGGGUCUGUUUCGGAAGUGCCUUCUGGGAAGAUGUGCCUUGCCAAGGAGGAAGAUGGCGGCUCUGAGACCCAGGAGGAUGUAGAGGGGAAGGAACUGGUCAUGCGCUAUCCAGAACAGGAAACGGAAUUCCGCCCAGGAAGUGACAUCACAACUCCCGUGGAGGAAGAGUGGGAAUUCCACAAUUCCAGUGAAAAGACUUUGGCCAUCUAG